AUAAGUAUUUCCGGUAUUGUCUCGCGACCCUUGUACAAUUCGAUAUUGUUAAUGCUAUUUUAAGGGUAAUAUUUGUAAACAUCUAGUGUUUGGAUCAUUAUUGUUUGAUCCAAAAGUAAAAUCAUGGCGGUGUCUUGUGUACAUCUUGAAGCAGAUGCGUAUCUGGUGUGUCUGACGCAUGCCUUGUCAACCGAGAGAGAAGAAGUCAUGGGUCUGCUCAUCGGAGAGGUUGACGAGAGGAAAGUGUCCCAUGUCUCGGCUGUCAUCAUGUUAAGGAGGUCGGACAAGCAGGCGGACAGGGUGGAGAUAUCACCGGAACAGCUUUCUGAUGCAUCAACCAAGGCAGAGGACUUGGCCAAAGAGCUGCAGCGGCCGAUGCGAGUGUUGGGCUGGUACCAUUCUCAUCCCCACAUCACAGUGUGGCCAUCCCAUGUUGAUGUGCGAACACAAGCGUCAUACCAGCUGAUGGACCCUGGCUUCAUAGGCCUCAUCUUCUCCGUGUUUAAUGAAGACAAACACACCAAGCAAAACCGAGUUCAGGUGACCAGCUUCCAGAGUGUGAGUCGGGGAGGAGACUACGGCCCUCUCGACUAUGACAGGAUCGAGAUCCCCCUCCACGUCGUGCCAAGUACCGGCAUUGGCCGAGCGUGUCUGGAAUCCCUUGUCAAUUUACCCAAGAUCCUCAGUCUCGAAGAACAGGAAGCAUACCAGCACACCGAACAACAUGACCUUGACCUUCUCACCAAAAUACACAAUGCUGCAGUGUACACCAAGUCGGAGUGCCACAUCAUGGACGUGAUGGGAGGACCGCUGCUGCAGAGCCUGGAGAACAGACUGGAAAUGAACAAGGUCCGGAUGGAGCAGCUCCGGCAUCGGAAGGAAGAGAUCAAGAAGAGGAUGAAGGCCCUGGCCACCACAUGAUGACCUUGACCUCUGACGUAGCUUGGACAACAGGACAAGGAAACAGAAUCGACCCGCACAAAACGUCCUUGGAGAGUCCAUACUCCGUCUGUCUUGGACAGAAGUAUUGUCAGUACUUCACAUGUUUGUAUGUGUUUCUCCAUCACUGUGAGUGAGUGAGUUGGGUUUAACGCCGCUUUUAACAGUAUUCCAGUUAUAUCACGCUGUGUCAGCUUAAUGUGGGAGGAAAGCCAAAAGUGAUGCAGG